CGCAUUUUCAGGCAAAGGUCCUCCACUCUCCGUAUUAUUGCCAUCAGUAGCUUCGCAUUCGUGAACCUGAAUGGUUAAAAAAAUCUUCCUUCCAACUAAAAGAGUGACAAAUAUUAAGUAUAUCUUCUGGUAGUGAAAGGGAGAGCAUAAAAAAAGGAACUCUAAUGGACUUUACAAUGCGGAUGGAGCGGAUACAAUUUAGUGUGAAUAAGCAGUUACUUCUGCAGUAUUUUGUGUCGUUUAACACUUUAAGAUUUCCCGCAGAAAAAAAUCUGUGGAAUUCCUAUUGAGAACCAGAGAAGGAGAGCAAAAGAACACAGUGCAAGAGUAGAGGAAAAAAAAUAAAGCUGAAAAGUGGUCGAAAUGUUUGCAAUAAUAUCAUAUAAAAUGUGUCAGAACAAAAGAUAGAUAAUAUGGAGAUAAAAAGGACCUGGAGGACCUCAACGACGUAUUUUUCUUUGGGAUUUCUGCUUUUAUGUGUACAAAGUGGUAAAUUAGCAGCAAUCUCCAUAAAAGGAAGUCAAAUAAAGGAUACGCACAUUCAGAAUAUCGACAUCGAUGCGGAGUAUGAGCUGCUAGAUAUGGAUCAUCAAGAGCAGCAAUUGGAAGAACCAAAAUUAAUUGGAAUACCCAUAAAUCGAGGUCCUUACUUCGAUACAUCUGCAUCUAAAAAUGUUACAGCUUUAGUUGGGAAAACAGCCUAUAUGAAUUGUAGGGUCCACAAUCUUGGCAAUAGGACGGUAUCCUGGAUACGUCACCGAGAUCUUCAUCUUCUAACAGUUGGAAGGCUCACAUAUACUUCCGAUCUUAGAUUUCAGAGCAUUCAUAAUCCACAGACGGAAGACUGGUCAUUACAGGUCAGGUAUCCCCAGAAGAGGGAUUCAGGAGUUUACGAGUGUCAAGUGUCAACUACACCACCAAUUUCGCACUGCAUGCAACUCUCCAUCGUCGAGCCAAUUACAGUAAUUUUGGGUGGACCCGAACUGUUCAUCAAUACAGGAUCGACAAUUAACUUAACGUGUAUUAUUAGACAUUCACCUGAGCCUCCACCAGGCAUAUAUUGGACGCACGAUAAUUCGGAAAUCAGUUAUGAUUCGCCCCGAGGAGGUGUGUCUGUAAUCACAGAGAAGGGCGAAAUAACCACGUCAUACUUACUCAUUCAGAGGGCUAAAGACCCUGAUUCUGGAAAGUAUACAUGUUCACCAUCGAACGCCAAUCCAAUCUCUGUGACUGUUCACGUUCUAAAUGGUGAACAUCCAGCGGCGAUGCAGCACGGGGAUCAACUGAAAAUACGCGAUCCUAUCUAUGUGUUCAUCUUAGUUCUCUUCACACUAAUAUGCGGUCGAUGAAAAUAAAUUUCUCACAAACUUCCAACUUUCAUCGCAAAUUUUAGCCCAUCAUUUUAGUGGAAAAAUACUACAAACAUGUUUGGAAUUUUCCAGACGGAAAGUGUAAAGAAUAAUUUGUUAUUUUGGAAUUUGUUUUUCGUUCAUUAAAAGAAAAUUUACACAGAAAUACAAACCUGGGAUGAAAAGGACGUUUUAUUGCCGUGACAUAUACACGCUUCAAUGGAUGACCUUUGAUAGACAAUUGAGAAGGAAUUCUUAUAGAGAGAAGAUAAUGAAGUGUAGGAGUGAAAAUGAUUUCCAAGUGAUUGCUAAACAUUUGUUUUUGUACAUAUAUAUGUAUGUAAUGUAUGGAAAAUUUCCCUAUAUGUGAUAAUAAUAGAAAUAAUGAUUCUUUGAGAGAGACAGAAAAAUAAGAGCAAACAAUUUUAUGGAGGAGAGGGUUGAGGAGAAGGAUGGGAGAUGAAGUCCCAUGUGUGUGAUGUUGUACAAAUUAAAGUUAUAUGUAGGAGAGAGCACAAUAUCCUCCAGUUACAAUGCUAUCAAUCUGAGGCAUAGGAUUACGUCAUAUCUUCGAGAGGUUUGUUGUUAAUCGAACAAGGAAUGUUUAUUCACAUCAUAUAGCUUGAUCUGAAUUAAAUUGUAUAAGAGAAUUAUUCGCAAACAUUUAAUGGGUAAGUAUAUUGUGGCAGUUAGCAAGUCAUUUUGUAUACACACACAAUAUCAAUUCAGCAGCUAAAGUUGUUGCAUAAAUUCACAUCAAUUGAUUUUUAAUGAGGAAAAAUGCUUUCAUCCAUAAAAUGAUUUUUAUCGCUAUGUUGUGAUUUUUUUGUAUUGCUUUCACAUAAAACUGUUUGAGAGCUUUUAAACUUGAAAGCUCAGCAUGAAAAGAUUAUUUAAUAAUUGAUUCAAAAAAAAUUUGCAGCAAAUGCUCCACAACUAUAUGAAAAUGAAAAAUAGAACAAAAAUUGACCAAUAAAAGUCAGUCAAAAUUUUGAUGAGAACAAUUUAAUGAAAGGAAUGAAAG